AUGUCCUCCAAACCGAUCUAUCUCGGCGUCAUUGGCGUCGGCGGCGUUGGCACCGCAUUCCUUAACCAACUGGCUCGCUUGCCCAAUGCGCCCUCUCUCGUCCUCCUGGCGCGCUCCUCGCAGACCCUGACCUCCCCCGCCCCGGCAUACUCGCCCGCCAUCCCCGCAGACUGGCAAACAGCAUCAGCGAACCCUUCGCUGACGAAAUCGGGCCCUCUGUCCCCGCCGGAGAUCGUCUCGUAUCUCUCCUCUGCCCCCGGCCGCUCCGUCCUGGUCGACAACACCUCCGACCCGGCGCUGGCCAGCGCAUACCCGCUGUUCCUGCGCGCCGGCAUCUCGAUCGUCACGCCCAACAAGAAGGCCUUUUCGUCCGACCUGUCGCUGUGGAAGGACAUCUUCGCCGCCGCGGCGGAAGGCAAGGCGCUCGUCUACCACGAGAGCACCGUCGGCGCCGGUCUCCCCGUGAUUUCGACCCUGCGCGACCUCGUCGCGACGGGCGAUGAGGUCACGCGGAUCGAGGGCGUCUUCUCGGGCACGCUGUCGUUCCUCUUCAACACGUUUGCGCCGGUGUCGGGCAGCUCGUCCGCCAAAUGGAGCGAGGUCGUCACCCAGGCCAAGCAGCUGGGCUACACGGAGCCGGAUCCGCGCGACGACCUGAACGGGAUGGACGUGGCGCGCAAGCUGACGAUCCUGGCGCGGAUUGCGGGCCUGGAAGUGCAGAGUCCGGACUCGUUCCCCGUUGAGUCGCUGAUCCCGGCGGAACUGGCCUCGCUGCCGGCGACACCUGACGGGGUGAGCCAGUUCCUGGCGCGCCUGCCCGAGUUCGACGGACAGAUGGCGGCGCUGAAGGAGCAGGCGGAGAAGGCGGGCAAGGUGGUGCGGUACGUGGGCAGCGUGGACGUGGGCAAGAAGGAGGUCAAGGUGGGACUGCAGCAGUUCGACAAGGACAGCGCCAUCGCGGGGCUCAAGGGCAGCGAUAACAUCAUCAGCUUCUACACCAAGCGGUACGGCAGCAACCCGCUGAUCAUCCAGGGAGCGGGCGCGGGCGGUGACGUGACGGCGAUGGGGGUGACGGCUGAUCUGAUCAAGGUGUUGGAGCGGUUGCAAUAG